GGAGUCAGCAGGUGAACAAGGGCUGCACCGGACCCCUCAGCCGUCCACCAUCACACAAGAGGAUGGAGACCCCUAACAUGUCCACUGCUUUCAAUUUCACCCUUCCACCCAACUUCGGGAAGCGCCCCACUGACCUGGUACUGAGCGUCAUCCUGGUGCUCGUGCUGUUCAUUGUCAUGAUCUCGCUGGGCUGCACCAUGGAGGUCAGCAAGAUCAAGGCGCACUUCUGGAAGCCUAAGGGGGUGGCCAUCGCCCUGGUGGCACAAUAUGGUAUCAUGCCCCUCACCGCCUUUGCUCUGGGCACGCUCUUCAGGCUGAGCAACGUUGAGAUGCUGGCCAUCCUGAUCUGCGGCUGCUCACCGGGGGGAAACCUGUCCAACAUCUUCAGUCUGGCCGCGAAGGGGGACAUGAACCUCAGCAUCGUGAUGACCACCUGCUCCACCUUCUUUGCCCUGGGCAUGAUGCCCCUCCUCUUGUAUAUCUAUUCCACGGGGAUCUAUGAUGGGGACCUGAAGGACAAGGUGCCCUACGGAGGCAUCAUGAUCUCACUGGUCCUGAUUCUCAUUCCUUGCAGCAUAGGGAUCUUCCUCAAUGCCAAGCGGCCACAGUAUGCGCGCUACAUUAUCAAGGGAGGGAUGAUCAUCAUGCUUUUGUUUACUGUGGCCAUCGCAGUCCUCUCUGCCAUCAACGUGGGCAAAAGCAUCUUGUUUGUCAUGACACCACCCUUGCUGGCCACCUCCUCCCUGAUGCCUUUUAUUGGCUUCCUGAUGGGCUACAUUCUCUCUGUCUUCUUCCAUGUCAAUGAACAGUGCAGACGCACUGUGUGCAUGGAGACCGGUUGCCAAAAUGUUCAACUCUGCUCCACCAUCCUCAAUGUGACCUUUCCUCCUGAAGUUAUUGGACCACUUUUCUUCUUUCCUCUCCUCUACAUGACUUUCCAGCUUGGAGAAGGGCUUCUCUUCAUUGUCAUCUUUCGGUGCUACCUGAAGAUCAAGCCUCCCAAGGAUAAAACGAAAAUAAUCUACACAACAGCUGCCACAACUGAAGAAACAACUCCAGAAGCUCUGGGAAAUGGCACCUAUAAAGGGGAAGAGUGCUCCACUUGCACAGCCUAGCCCUUCUCCCAGUGGCCUGGAUCUGGUCAGGCCAUUCAGAA